AUGACAGCGAAAGCGAUGACGGCGACGACCUGGACCCCUACUACCGCCGAAUCGGCCACUUCAGUUCUUACCUCGUCGCCCUCAGCAGUGUCGACCUCAGGUCUAGGAGGAGAACUAGGCCACCUCUGGCACCGGAUCGUGAACCUCGCAGCGCAGAACCCGCACCACCACGAUAAACUUGUAGACCUUUUGGUGGAUAUGGCCCAUCUCCCGACCGUGAUCAUUACAACCGCAAGCCCAAGCCUUCUUCCUCCUGAUGAGGCCGAGGAUGAACCACGAAAUCAUCAACAACAACAACAACCGGUCCACCUCUACGACAGGCAAGUCUGGAGGGACCUCCCACUGUUGGGCUGGGAAAUCCGGUGGUACUGGGACACCUCGAUCCCCGCGCGGGGGAGCACCAACAAGACAUCUCGCGACGCGGAGCCUGUGUUCUAUGUGAUCGGGGUGUGGUUGGUGCUCGUGACCUUCCGGACUGCGCUGGAGACUCCAAGGACGCCGCGGGAGGAGCGGGACGAGGAUGGCGAUGCGCUGGAGGCGUGGGUGCCGGCCGCGGCGGCGUGGAUUGAGGUUCUUGGGGCCGAGAUCUACGAGUGGGAGGAGGAGUUUCCGGCGGGUCCGCUGAGGGGUGCGCCUGGCAGCGGCGGACCUUUGUGGAAUGGGAAACAUGGAUUCUGUCGCGAGAGUUGGAGGCUUUGGAGGGAGAGGUUUGGUGAGAUUAGCUGCUUGGAGUGGGUAGAAGUAGGGAUUCGGAGCGUGGCGAGGAAGGCGGAGCUGAUGAUGCGGGAGAUUGAGAAUGGGGAGGUUGUAUAG